AUGUACUUGCCAUUUGAGCUUGGAUUAAACCUCCUCAAAUCUAUGCUCACUAUCAUUCUUGGGUGCGAUCUUGAGCCAGUGUUCGAUGAACCUUACUUGGCCACCUCUCUUCAAGACUUCUGGGGUCGCCGGUGGAAUCCAAUGGUCUCGUCUAUUCUCCGGUCAGGCAUCUACUCUCCUCUGCGGGGAAGAUCCAAAAGCAAAUCUGGUUUGUCUAAAUUCAUCGGAGCAUCAACAGCGUUCCUCGCCUCUGGUCUCUUUCACGAACUUAUAUUCUUCUACACAAGCGGCCAUGAAACGCCUUCUGGGGGGGUCACUUUAUUCUAUGUGUUAAAUGGGGUUUGUACUGCGACAGAAAUAGUGGUGAAAAGGUCAAAGUUUGGGAAGCGAUGGACGGUGAGACCUGUGGUGUCUUGGAUGCUUACAAUGACAUUUAUGGUUGUGACUAGUGGUUGGCUCUAUUUCCCUCAAAUGAUAAGGGGAUAUCAGAUACGGCAAUAUACCAAGUAUAUCUUUGUUUCGUGA